UCGAAUUAACAUUUCUAAACUUCAACACUACUAAGCUAACCAUACCUCACCGCUCGCUCUCUCUUUCUCGAAACCUCUCAUUUUCUCUCUCGACAAUUCACUAGAAUUUGAAGAAAGAAGAACGGAGUAACGAAACUUACAUUAACAACAAUGGAAGGAGAUCCUGAGCAUCUGUACAAAUUGAGCUACGAUAAGUUGCCGGAGUCUGCACGCGAGUCGCUUGGCAGACUAAUCAGUGCCGAAGUGUAUUUCACGGUGCCUGCGAGCUAUUUGGACGAUGAGAACCUUGGAUGUCUUCGAAAAUAUGCGGUUUCGUUUAUUGAAAAGCAAUCCAAGUGUGAGAAUUUCGAUGCGCUGAUUCCUUACGUGGCAAUGACCUACUUUGAUCGGUUCAUGUCGAUAGGCGAAAUCCCGCCUGUGGUUAAAACUCAAUUCGCAAACAUAAUACUAUGUCUGAUCAGUUGCCUGGCCCUUGCUUGGAAGCUCCGAACCAAGACCUUCGUGCUCUCAAAAUUUUGGAACGAGAAGAAUCUGAACAAGUUUUCAGCUAGAGACGUGUUACAGAUGGAGUUAUACAUCUGCAGACGUUUGGAUUGGAGAAUGCGAGCUCUGACACCAAUUUCCUUCAUUGAGUACAUCAUACCACUCCUCCCUCUGCGGCGUGAGUCGCCCUCUCUUCGCCGUCCUGUUCGCCAGCUGAUAGUCAAAUCUCAAUUCGACAUUUCAUUCACAAAAUAUAGGCCAUCGGUUGUGGCAGCCUCCGCCGUGCUCACUGUUGCCUCGCACAUGUUUCCUAGUACAUGUGGACUCAUUGCACUGACCAUUCUCACUCCUGAAUACAUUUUCCCUGAAGUGGAAAAGGUUCUGGAAUGCAGAGACAUGCUCGAACCACUUUUUGAAGGUAUGUCUAUGCCAGCGGUUGGGAAUGCAUCCAGGAACAUCGAAGAUAACCAGCCAGCGGACACUCAAUCAAAUAUUGAGGAAGAGAGGAUCCACCCUGCAGGAAUGGAGCCUGCGGCUUCUGCGAUUCAACCCGUACUUGAGGAAAGCGAUGAACUUGUUAAUGCCGAUGCUGAUGAGCUGAUGAAUUUUGAGUUGGGUUGGAUAGAUGCCGAAGCGGCUGCUGAAAGCAAAGUUGUAGCCCAAGCUGCGGAUGAUGCUGGUUAUAUUACCCAUCUCCGGCAGAAGCUCAGCGGCUGCGGCCGCAGGGUCAUGCAGAGCUGUAACAUUCUGAUGAAUAAUGCUAGCAGUAAUAAAAGCUUGAACACAAACCUUGCUGCUGUGAAUUGGACUCGAGCAGGCUAUACAUGGUUUAUAUUGCUAAUAUCAACACCAAAGAAUUGAUGCAAAUAGCUUUACAGGAAUUUGCUCGUGCAUAACAUAUGGCGUAGGCUUAACUCUUAAGAUAAAGCUUGAAACCUAUCACCCAGCACGCCAUAGUUUUUCUGAAAAGUCAAUUUUCAAACGUUCUAAUUUCUCAGCGGGCUAAGUCUUAUGCAUGUGAGAUAUUCUUUACGGAUUAGAGGAGUCAUCAGUCUUAAUUCAUGUUUAUCUUUUACUCAUUAAAGGAAAAAAAAAAAAAAAGAAAUAAUCAUGUACAUAUUUCUUCAUCAGGAUUUCUAUUAUACUUCUACAGAACUGCAAUUACUUGCAAAUCCAAUUUAACUUUCAAAUUAGUUAAGUUGAAAAGUUAAUCCGCCUAAACGUUGUAAU